AUGUCAAACAAAAAACCAUUGAGUAGUGAGAAGAAAGAUAAUAUCAUAGCUUAAUUGAAAGGGGAAUUGUAUCAAUAUCAUCAGAGACAAAUAGAUUUUGGAAGUUUACACAAUCAGCUAUCUCGACUUGAGAAUGCCUAUGCUUAGGUUUAGGAGGAGCUAUAAAAGAUACAAAAGGUUGGAAGAGCCUAAACUGAGGUUGAUUUGAAUGAAAUAAAACAACUCAGAAGCGAAUUGGAAUAUUUGCAAGAAUAAUUGCAUUAACGACUACCUAACAAUAAUCCUUAAUUGUUGGAAUUAGCUCAAAUACGAUAAAAUGAAUUGGCCAUUUUAAAGAAGGAAACCAAUGAAAUCAUGCUCCAAAAGGAUUAAUUGCAACAAGAGAGAUAGGAGUUGGAGUCUACUAUGAAGGAUAUGAUUGAGACUAAGAAUUCAUUGGAAAAGGAAAAUCAACUCUUGGAGAAGGAAUUCGAUAAGCAUUUCAAGUAAAACAAGGAGCUUGAGCAGACAAGAUAGGAUUUGGAAUUUGAGAUUUCAAAAAAAGAGAAAGUUAUUCUACAAUAAAAAAAAAUGGUUGAUAUGUUGAAUAAGGAAUAGAGGUAGAAAGGAGACUAUUUAUAGUAAAUAUAGAUGAAGCAUGAGAUAUAAUAAUAGCAAUCAGGUCAAUUGGAUGAUUAAUAUUAACAAUUGAAUGAGAAUCUGGAGGCUGUGAAUAAGGAAUAGAAAGUGAUAAACAACUAAUUAAAUUAAAUAUAAUAAGAAGCUAAAGAAAUUAAUUUAGAGAACAUUAAUUUCGAUAAAAAUAUUAAGGAAUUGGAGGGAGAUAUUGAUACAAUAUUAAAUCAUGUAGAUGAAGAGAAUUUAAAGAAGAUGAAUUUGGUUGAGGAUCAGAAAUUCUUAAAUGUUGAAUUGAAUAGAGCAUUAGAUUUGAUUAAUCAAUUGACAAGCAUUAAAUAAGAUGUAUUUAUUUUCAUAAUUAAAAUAGCUUUGUGA